AUGAUCGGCCAAAUUCGCGUUCCGUAUGCCGAUGGCAUGACUGAGGGCCAAGGCUAUAACUCUUACCUACAGCAGACUUGCGUGCACGAUGCCGUCACCGUAGAGGCGACAGAUGGCCCAGACACACCCAUGAAUCUAAUUUAUGAAUCCACUGAAAUUAAGGAUUAUAACGAACUUCUGCAGACGCUCGAUAUUAGUGCGGGUGCCGGAAUUUCAGGCUGGGGAACAGAAACUCGAAUUGAUUCCAAGUUUCUUGACCGGACAGAGAUCAAGAAAAGCCUACUCACCUAUGUAGUCAAGGUGGAUGCCCAACGACAGCCGAGCGCAACAUCUAAGUACAGAUUUAAUUGGAAAGAGUCCCCCGAUCCUCAAGUCAAAUACGGAGACCGCUUCAUUUCUGAUUUUGUCAAGGGCGGAGCGCUCUUUGCUCGCGUUUCCAUCAUCACCAAUGAGAAGUCAACUUCUCACGAACUCCAGGUCGCAGCCAAGACCGCCUUCCCGGUUUACAGUGCCAACGCAGAGGUCACUAGUGAAGUCAAACGAAGCAUAGAGAAGAUCCAGAAAAGCUCCGAGGUCAAAAUCUACCUGCACUACGUUGGGACCCCGACCGAGAUGCAGCCGAACGAUGAGGCGGACAAUAACAUGUUGCGGCUCAAAGAGGUUGCCGACGCUUUUUAUAAUAAUGCCCCGAAGCAUACCUACAAAAGAUUUGCACUAUUGGAAAAAUAUACCAACAUUCCCAACUUUAACCAUGAAUUUCAGCCACUUGACUAUACAGAAGCCAAAGACCGAAGCUGGGCCGUGUUCAACGACUUUACCAAGUGUCUGGUUAUUCAGAAGAUGCUUCGAGCAAUUGACUCGGACCAUUAUACCAGUGGCAGAACUGGCCGUGACCAACUCGACACCAAAGUCAGCACCCAGCUGCAGGUCUACAGAAGUUGGGUAGAUAAAGUUAGCAAGAAGCCCCAGGAGGCCGACUCGCCGCCUAAGGACGACCCGGAAACUCUUCAGACCGAAGUGUUGCUUGCCGUCAAGAAAAGAAAAUUCAUCGCGCAAAGUAUGCGCUUGAGCAACGGUUUAAGAACCCACUUUAUUGAUGACUACAAACACUCGACUGCCAACGAGCUGUUCAGCUUCGAAGCCUAUGAUUUUGGCCAGGUUAUGACAACCACCAAGGUCAUCUUUGGUAAAAGCAUCAAUGAAGAUAGGUACAUCUGCCUGAUGGGAAGAAACUCUAUCACCCCUGGGUAUAGGCAAACAAGCCAGCUGUGGGGGUUCGAAGAGAAGAUGAAGGAUAUCGUGGACGGAAAAGUGGCUAUGUAUCCUAUCCCGGAGAUGGGAGUUAUACAGCUUGAGCUUCAGGAUGCGACGCCACGCCAUGAUGACGACUUUAGCUUCUAUGUCAAGAAGACUUAG